AUGCAGGCGAUUCUCCCCGGACGGCCGCAAGCGCAACUGCAGGCCGUGUCGACAGGAGUGUUUGAAGGGCAGACGGUCAUUUGCUACAUCUCGGGCAGCGCCCUCAUCAUCUGCAACGGACCCGACUCGCUCCUCCAGACCAUCUACCAUGACGACCUUCUUCCGCCGUCUGCGCUUGUCGCCGUUUCAUACGACCACCGCAGCGCAAAGAUUGCGACGGCCUCCAACGACAAUGUAUACAUCUACGUCUUGCGCGAGGAGAUCAAGGGCCAGUUGCGCUGGUUCCUCGACAUGACCUUCGAUGUCUCCUCCACAAGCAGCAUACAGACCUUGUCUUGGGGCACCGACGACGAGCUGCUGGUCGCCUCGGACAAGGUCCUGCUCCUCUCCACCCAAGACCACACAACCCGCUGGACUCGUUCCCUGCCCUCGCCCGUGUCGCACGCCACUUUCUCGCCGUCCGCAGCGCUCCUCGCUACUACAUCCCGACACGACCGACUCGUCAAGGUCUGGCGCCGCCUCUCGUUCGAAUCCGCCAUCUUCGACUACGCCUACCUCUCCCACCCAGACAUCAUCACCCACGUCGAAUGGAGAACCGACUCGGCCGACGAAGAUGCCCUGUACACCAUCUGCCUCGAUGGCAAGCUACGAGUGUGGAAGACUGGCUUGCCGCGCCAGACCGACGUCCUUGGUCUCUACGCUGAACUCGAUCUCAUCAAGGCCGUCCGCCCACUCGUCCCCUCGAACCGUCGCUAUGCCUUCCUCGUACCAUCUACCAUCUUUUCUGAUGCCGUUGCGCAUGCCACCAGCACGCCAACUCUCCCCGCCGAGCGACACGCUGUCGAGUACAUGAAAGAGCUUGCGAACAGACACCCAGACAUUGUUGUCGUGACGGACGAUCAAGGACACAUGAGCGCUUGGGGGCUGGAGAAUGUCGGCUGCAAGAAGAGGACGAGCAUCUCUGACCACGCCGACUUCUUCCAUGCCACGCACAUCGAGAAUCUCUUCUUCGACUUUUCCAAGCACGCACACGUCUCCGAAGACAAUGCCCGCAUCAUCAACUUUGCUCUGCCUGGACAGCCUGGCGACAUUGCNCUCUUGGUUCACCACUUCGACGGUCGCCUACAGUGGUACCAAGGCAGUGUGCACCACGUCUUCGAUCCCUCUGCGCGGAAACAGCGUAUGCGCAACUUGGCUUCUUGGACUGGCCACUCCUCCUCGAUCAAGAAGCUCAUCCGCACCGCCAACGGGUCAGCCGUCAUAUCGCGCACCGACACGGAUGAAGGAGUUGUUUGGAAGCAUCGUGGCAAGUUCCUGGUCAGAAAGAGCAAGACAAAACUGCACGAACACAUUCAUCGCACCGCUCUGCUGGAAGACGGUGACUUUGUCGUCCUCUUGCACCACGAAAGUAUUUCUCUGUGGGAUGCUCGUCUGCCCAAUGCAAAAGAGAUUGGCCGCUGCACGUAUUCGGUGUCUGGCAAGCCACUCUGUCUCCUCUCGCUCCCUGCUCCCGAAGAUGCUGGCCACCUGUCCUACCUCGCCACAGUCACCGCAGAUAUGCACGGUGUCGUGUGGGAGCUUGAUCUGGCCUUGUCCUCACCAACGAUAACUGAGUUUUGUACCUUCCAGCUCGAUCACAUUGAGAGCAUGUCCUACUUCUUGCCUGUCGACCCCGCAGGCAGCUCGCCUAUCGUCUCCGGUCUCUUUGACACAUUUGCUCAAGAUGUCGCUGUAUCGUGGACGACCACUGGUAUCCUUCAGACUUGGACUGCCAAGGUUGACCGGCAGAAGAAGUCUGUGACCUGGCUGAACAUUUCCACCACCGACACCAGCAUACAGGAACCUUCGCUCGGAAGCGGCACUUCUAUACGCAAAGCUGCCUUGGUUGACAAGUCCCGCUCCACUCUAACCAUCUGGGAUACCAAAAGCGGACGACUCGACUACGAAGAGACUUUCGAGAACCAGACAAUCCAGGAUCUCGACUGGGCUUCAACCCCUGACAACCAAUCCAUCCUUGCCGUUGGCUUCCCUCACGCUGUAUUUGUCUAUACCCAGCUUCGCUACGACUACGUGACCGAACGCCCUUCGUGGAGUCGCAUCAAACAAAUCAAUGUUCGCCAUCUCUCNCCUCAUCCAAUUGGAGACUCAGUCUGGCUGAGCUCCGGAAAUCUGGUCAUCGGUGCCGGCAACCAGCUUUAUCUUGCUGGUAAUGAGGUCGAGCCGCAAAAGGAUCUUUCGCCAGACUUGCAGAGCUCGACUCCUCACAAGUCGUCUACUCGCAUCCAAGACGUUGUCCGCAGACUUAACGGACCACUGCCUGUAUUCCAUCCACAGUUCAUAUCACAGUGCAUACUCGCCGGCAAGAUGGACAUUGUUCACCGCAUUUUACUCAACCUUCAAAAGACACUCAAGUUCUACACUGAGGGUGAUGACCUUGACUCGUUCCAGGGCCUCGACAUCGAAAGCUUCAUGUCAUCUGCUGAGGUAUGCUUUUCUAUCAUACUCAAUGGACUCUACUUACUCUCAAGCAGNAAAUACUCGAACUCCAGCAAGCAACUGCACAAGUCAUACAGCACCCUCGACAUGGAAGAAGAGUCGACCACCGUCACCGAGGAAGUUGCCUCCUCGCUAGUCUCCCUGCUUUCUGAGAAACCGAUACCUCAACUGUCGAGUACCGAACAGCUCAGUCUCGCCGACAUCAUCGAAUGCGUCGGUAUGGCAGAGAAGCAUCGACGCUCAAUCGACGACAACGCCGCUCGCUAUCUGCUCUUCUGGCGAGAAACUGUCAUGCGAUCACGACAGUCAUCUUCCUCCGCCGCAGUCACUUGGCGUGAGAUGCUCUGGGCAUAUCACAGCAGUAGUCAGGAUAUCCUUGUUGACAUUGUCACCCGCCAAAACAAGGGACAGAUGACAUGGUCCCACGCUCGGAAUACUGGGGUCUUUGUCUGGCUUACCGAUAGGAAAGCACUUCUCCAACAGUUCGAGGCCGUCGCGAGAAAUGCAUACACAAGCACCGAAUUGCGCGACCCUGUCAACUGCUCCUUGCAUUACCUCGCGCUACGGAAGAAGAAUGUUCUGACAGGCCUGUGGCGCAUGGCUACCUGGUCGAGAGAGCAAGCUGCUACAAUGCGUCUCUUGAAGAACGACUUCUCUGACCCUCGAUGGCGUACUGCUGCAAACAAGAAUGCAUAUGCGCUGAUGGGUAAGAGGCGAUUCGAGUACGCUGCUGCCUUCUUCCUUCUUGCCGACAACCUUGACUCUGCUGUCUCGGUGCUCAGCAACCAGCUGGGCGACAUCCAGUUGGCAAUUGCUGUUGCUCGUGUCUACGGUGGAGACGACUCGCCCUCACUCAAGAAGUUCUUGAAUGAACGAGUGCUGCCCAAUGCUGCUCUCGAGGGCAACCGCUGCCAGGCAACAUGGACAUACUGGAUGCUCGGCGAACGAUCUCUUGCUGUGCGUGCCCUCGUCAGUCCCUUACAUUCAUUGCUCGUGCCGCCAGGCUCGCCACCGGAUUCGCUCAAAGCCAAGAGUUUCCGCAAUGAUGAUCCUGCACUUGUUGUCCUGUACCAGCAACUGCGAGAAAAGAGUUUGCAGACCUUGAGAGGAGCUUUGAUGAUCAGCGGCAAGGAAGAAUGGGAAUUCAUCACCAAGACUGCGACACUGCUCUUGCGCAUGGGUUGCGACAUUCUUGCUCUGGACUUGGUGCGACACUGGGAGUUCUUGCAGCCACCACCUGUCGCGAAACAAAAGGAGGAAGAAGACGCUGAGGAAUCCGUCGCCGAACUCCCGCGUCGCAAGUUGUCAAGGACUACAACAGGAGACUUCGACCCAAGGAAACUGUUACGCCGAAGAAGCAGUCUUGUCGUUGCCGACCUACCUGAAGGUAGGCCCGUCAUUCAGGAGUCUACUGCACCCUCUAUGCUUUACGGAUGGGGUGCACCAUCGCCACAAUUUAACCAGUCUGCCUCUCUACUAGAUCACUGGACUGCGCCUACACCCCUGCACCUAAACCUGCACCUUCGAUGCUGGAACAAUGGUCUAUGCCUGAGAGACCCAAGCAGCAAGCAAAUCCCGCGCCCUCUAUGCUUGACGAUUGGGCUGUACCAUCUCAACCUGUCUCCAAGCCUGCGCCUUCACUCCUCGAUGAUUGGACUGCACCAUCAGCGAAACCCAAAGCAGCCAAAUCCCAAUCAGAAGCACCAGCGCCGUCGAUGCUUGACAGUUGGACUCCAGCACUUAAGCCAGCAUCUAAGCCUGCACCUUCGCUUCUUGAUGACUGGACUGUACCAGCUGCAAAGCCGAAGGUGGAGGAGGUCAAAGACAAGUCCUCGGCACCAUCGAUGCUUGAUCAAUGGAACUCACCAGUGCCAUCUGCGUCAAAGACUUUGGCUGAACCAGCACCCUCGAUGCUGGAUGAAUGGACUGUACCUGUCAUAA